GGCCUCCCAGUGUUAGGAUAAAGGCCCGGACAGGUGGGAUGUACCAGCCACGCAGAGGAAGCCCUGCUUCCCUCCUCGCCUACGCCUUGAGAUUCGCAGAGGCCAGGCCAAGGACAAACCCUGAGCGAAUCUUCUUUCCUGGGAACACUGAUGAGCAACUGGGUUCAGAUGUGCCCGGCUUGUCUCUGAGUGAUCAAUGAGCGCUUUCCCAAGGAAUGCUCCCCCUGACUCUGGAGAAGGCGGUGGCUGGGGCGGUCCUGUGCAAUAUGGGCAUCCAAGUUCUGGCUGCCUAGGAGAAGGUAUUACAAGUGGAUAAAUAAUGUGCACUGCUCUGAAUCCAAAGGUACGCAGUGGGCCGGGUCUGUCUGAUAUGCAUCAGUAUAGCCAGUGGCUGGCCAGCAGACAUGAAGCUAAUUUGCUACCGAUGAAAGAAGAUCUGGCCCUGUGGUUAACCAAUCUCUUAGGGAAGGAGAUUACAGCAGAAACUUUCAUGGAGAAGUUGGACAAUGGUGCUUUGCUCUGUCAGCUCGCAGCAACUGUGCAAGACAAGUUCAGAGAGAGCAUGGAUGCUCACAAGCCUGCAAAGAGUCUGCCACUGAAGAAGAUUCCAUGCAAAGCCAGCGCACCCUCAGGCUCCUUUUUUGCCCGAGAUAAUACAGCAAAUUUCCUAUCCUGGUGUCGAGAUUUAGGAGUGGACGAAACGUGUCUAUUUGAAUCUGAAGGAUUGGUCCUCCACAAGCAACCGAGAGAAGUGUGUCUCUGUUUGCUGGAACUUGGCAGGAUUGCAGCCAGGUAUGGUGUGGAGCCUCCUGGCUUGAUAAAAUUGGAAAAAGAAAUUGAACAAGAAGAAACAUUUUCUGCUCCUUCUCCUUCUCCUUCUCCUUCAUCAAAGUCUUCUGGAAAAAAGAGCACAGGAAACUUACUGGAUGAUGCCGUGAAGCGAAUUUCUGAAGACCCUCCUUGCAAGUGUCCCAGCAAGUUCUGCGUGGAGCGGCUCUCCCAAGGAAGAUACCGAGUAGGAGAAAAGAUCCUCUUCAUUAGGGGUCUUCAUAGUUGUGACUAUGUCUCCACAGCCAAAGUAAAGCAGACAUUGAAGAUGCUGCACAACAAACAUGUCAUGGUGCGUGUGGGAGGCGGAUGGGAAACUUUUGCUGGGUAUUUGUUGAAACAUGACCCCUGCCGAAUGCUGCAGAUCUCCCGUGUGGAUGGCAAAACAUCCCCCAUCCAAAGCAAAUCUCCAACUCUUAAGGACAUGAAUCCAGAUAAUUACUUGGUGGUCUCUGCCAAUUAUAAGGCUAAGAAGGAGAUUAAAUGAAACAAAUUGGUCGCCACAAGGAGACUUUGAUAAGGGCCUAUAUCCACAACUCCAGUGCAGUUUAGUUCACAUGCUCUGAAUACCACUUUGGAAAAAGGUGCGACACAGAAAAA